AAGGAUUGUGGGAGAAUCCAUUCUGCACGAUCUGCCCCCUGUCUUGCCCCACCAUGCUCCACACAAAGCAGACUGGGAGUUGGAGGAUAAAGCAGCACCCUCUUUGGAUGGAGACUUAUCUUUUUCUGAUUGUCCUUUAUUCCGUCUUCUUCUGCUCGUUGGGAGGAUGUCCCCCCCAGUGUGUCUGUGAGACCCGACCUUGGUUCACUCCACAGUCUGUGUAUCACGAAGCCAAGACAGUUGACUGCAAUGACCUCCUGCUUACUCACAUCCCUGAGAACCUGUCCAGCGACAUCCAGGUCCUACUUCUCCAGAGCAACAAGAUCUCACACUUAGCUUGGGAACUCCAAGAACUGAGCAACCUCACUGAGUUGGACCUCUCCCAGAAUCACUUUCAAAGCAUUGACGACUUGGGUGUGUCCAACCUCUCCCAGCUCAUCACCCUCUAUCUGGAAGAGAAUCAGCUCCGAGAGUUGCCAGACUACUCCUUGAAGGACCUUGGAAGCCUUGAGGAACUUUACAUAAACCACAACCAGAUCAGCUACAUCGGCCCGAGGGCUUUCUCAGGUUUGGGAAGGCUCUUAAGACUACAUCUAAAUGCCAAUCGCUUACAGAUUAUUGCCAGAUGGUUUUGAGACCUCCCCAAUCUACACCCGUUAACAGAGACCGUGCCCAAGGAAGCACUUCAGAACUUCGACGUAGAUCUGCUACAAUUCCUGGUCGCUAACCUGCCUGGCACACAGAAUCCAAUCAGUGCAAUGGGGCCACAGACAGGUGACCGACCUCUCUAUACCGGCAUAGAGCACUUUGAGGAGCUGAGCCUGAAUUCCAUGGAGGAACUGGAACGGGUAGAGGCUGGGGCCUUCCAGGACCUCCCAGAGCUGAUUAAGCUGGAAAUGUGCAAUAACCCAAGGUUAUCGUACCUAGACCCUGAAGCCUUUUCCAGUAACUUAGGUGCCCUAAAGACAUUGCUGCUCAAUAAUAACCGAUUAGCAAUGGUACCACUGAAAAUAUUCCAGACCCUACCAGGACUACUUGAGAUCAGCUUGUACAGCAACCCCCUUCGCUGUGACUGCCAAAACUGCUGGAAAGGCCUGUCCAAGCUCAGACUUAUUGAGGCCCAGGCGACAUUAUGCGUUAACCCACCUUUGGUCAGUGGACACCUUUUUCAGGAAAUUCAGGGUCAGGCAUGGCUGAACAGAUGCCCGCCAUUGAUCGAUACCCACCUGAUCCCAUCCCAGUUACAAAUUGCCAGGCACCAACCAGUAAAACUCAGCUGCCAGGCUAGUGGCCACCCAAAGCCCGAGAUCUACUGGAUAACGCCGCAUGGGGAACGGGUAAUAGGGACAAAUGGGAGAGUAAGAAUCAAUGCUGGAGGAUCGCUAGAAAUCAUGGACGCUGUGGAGGAAGAUUCGGGAUCAUACACGUGCCAGAUGUGGAACUCUGACGGGACCGACAGCAAAAGUGUGUUUGUCUCCAUCAACAGAACUCAAGAACCAGAGGCAAUGAGUCUACUGAUGGUCACCAAGAUGGUCCAUUCAAACUUUGCAGUGGUGGAAUGGAAAAUGCUGAGUCGGUCAGGAGUUUCCCCAAAUGUUCUGGUCCCUUUCCAGUGGUCUUCAGCUACAAUGAGGAUCCACAACCCUUACAUAAGUUACACUGCCAAGGUCCCCCUGGAAAUACAAGAGUACAACCUCACCCACCUUCAGCCAUCCACCAAAUACGAGAUCUGCCUCACUGUCUCCUCAGUGUCCCAACCAAGUCAACAGUCUUGUCUCAACAUAACCACUAGAGAUGCUUCUUUCUCUAUGUCAGUGGUAGGUCGACCAUUCAGCAUUGCCCUCUCAGCUGCCUUGGGUUCCCUAGUAGCUGCCAUAUGCAUGGCAGCAGUUAUUAUAUACGCAGGGUGUUACUGCAGACACAACAGUUGCGGACACUCCUUGAAAAAAUACAUGCAGAAUGCCCCCUUCAUACCCCUGAAUGAGUUCUACCCACCCCUGAUUAGUCUUUGGGAAGGGGAUCUAGACAAGGAGAAGGAGAGCACUCUAGAGCAACCCGUUCUCGCCCCACCCCAGGAAGACAAGACCUUCCCAUCAGUGGCUCAAAUUGACACUUCAAAGACGUUUAUUUGGCAGCCUUAACAAUAAAAGGGGCAGAAUUGUGUGGGGCAAAUAUGAGUUGUCAAUGUGUAGACACAAAGUGGCAGUGCUAGAAUCCUUUGUCGCUACAAUGUUAAAGUGGAGAUCUUAGAGCAACCUUCACCCAAGCAAAUGUGAGCAAGGUGUCCACGUACCCACCUUCAGUAUUUUGUGGGCAGGUUUUAAGAGACUUGCACUCUGCCAGUCGAGUCCUGGGUCUCCUCGUUACAGAUGACAGGAUCCAGAAUAUAAUGGGGGGCUUAGAGAGCCUUUAUACAGUUGGAAUUAAAUGUGGUGUCCAUAAUAUGACGAGUUUGGCCACCAUCAGGGAACUACUUGGCCCAAUGGGGCCCAGGUAAUGAGGACAUUUGGAGACCCCAGACAUAAACAACAAGACUUUUUUUGGAGGUUUCAAAACUAUGUUCCAAUACUGUUGUCCCCUCUGCACCCCCGAAAUACACAGAGGGGUAUGUAAGAGGCAACCAAUGCUACAGACAUUAUCAGAACUCCAUGUUUGGGCCAAUGGGGAGAGGGACAGCUCUGGCUACCAAAAGGGGGACAUGAGAACUUAUUAGUCUGUGGCGAGUGCGUGCCAAUGAGUAUAAUGGGGUGUCUUUGUGCCGUUGUACAUCUUUUCUGAGUAUCGUUCGGUACUUUUUUAAGAUACAAUAGUGAGAAUGA